UUUCUUCAAAUUUUACAGCCUCGCUGUUCAACAAAAAUCCCCCAUUACUUCAUUUUUUAUCUUUUUUUCCGGGAAAACUCACUCUCCAACGAUUUCCUCUUCAAAUCCAAAACAUCCCGGCAAGGCAUCUGAAGCUUCGCGCUGUCUUGUAUGGAGUCUUCAGCUCUUGAUUUCUCUUGCAUUUCUGUCCAAUUUACUCGCAUUUUAUCGCCAAAUCUUUUCUCCAUACUGAUGUUGUGGUUCAGCAUGUCUGAGUAAUCAACCUCCCUCCCGUUGUAGAGUUUUCUUUCAUUUUUGAUUGUUAGGGUUUCGUUUUGAAGUGGUAGUCGUGUGUUUAUCUUACGCUCUUAAUGGAAUGAGUUAGGGCUUUUGUGGUGACGUUUAGGUUGAGGCUUGGUUCUUCGGAUAAAUGAGAGAAAAGAGAAGAAUUUGCUAGGAAUUUGCUAAAAAACGAUCUCUUGUCGUUCCAUCAUGUGAUUUUUCGGCAUUACUCAUUUAUUUAUUGAAUUUUUAAAAUUAAAUUCUGUGUUUUGAAACUGAGUUUUAACUUCUUGAUCGUCAUGAAUUAGCCGUCAUGGUGUGUGUAUGCUCUUGUGUAUUCAGAAUCGGCAUGAUUAAGUUCUGUAAGUUGGCAUGGUGACACUUCUAAGUCGGAGCUUGCUGAAGAGGGAUGGCUAAUGACACUCGAUCGAGUCGCAAACCUAAAGAUAAUGGAAAGAAUAGUUUAAAAAGGAGGCAUAUUAGUGGCAAAGCAUCAUCUUCAUCAGGCUCCCCAGCAAUGGAUACAUCUGGUUUGAGAAGGUCUGCUAGAGAAACAUCAUCAAAGAAACAGACUCUUUCAAGCCCUUCAAGCACACGCAAGUCUGAGCGACUUGAGAAUCGCACUCCAAUAACCCCUUCCAGUAAAAGGAAAUCUGAGAGAGUUGAGAAACAGAGGACAUCAAGCCCUUUAAGGCGGUCUGAAAGGGGUAGCAAGCGCCAGUCAUUGAGUUGUUCAGGCUCCAAGAAGACUGAGAAAGGUUCAGGUUCAGGUUCAGGUUCAGGGUCAGGCUCAGGUUCAGGUUCAGGUUCAGGUUCAGGUUCAGGUUCAUCAGAUAUGAAGAACAAAAUGGAGAGAAGACAAAAGAGUGUGAAACAGUUGACGCUGGAAGUUAGAAAAGUCAGCAGAAAUGAGAAACAGGGUUUGAAAACUUUUCAUUUGAGAAAAAAGAGAAUGGAUGCUCGUGCUUAUAGGUCAUUGUUCAGGCCGCAAAAUAAGAAGUUUAACAUGGCAGAUGUUGGCAAGAAGCUGAAAGGGACAGAUAAGUUGUCUCGGGGGGAUGCAUUUGGUAAUGGAGGUGGUGGCCCCAGACAGGUUGAGAACGGAAGCAAUGAGUGUGAUGAAAGGAGCGGAGGGGAUCCAAGAGAUGAAUGCAAUGGGAAAGCUUUUGAAAGAUCUCUGGAGGGAUCUGAUUCUAGUUUGAAAAAAUUCACCAAGGAAACAUCAAGAAAUCAUGAUGAAGUAGAAUUAUCCUCCUCUAGCCAGAAGUGUAAUUUUACAGAGGAAGCUUUUGAGUCUAACAAUGUGGAUGGUUUGCAAGUCUUAAAAGUUGAGAAUGAUGGUUCUUUGUUAUUACCUCGUGGACUUGGUGACAAAGAGAGUAGUUGUGUCAAGGAAAGCAGUGAUUAUACCCAGAGGGUACAGAUGGAUUGCACUGCAGCAGAAGGUUUGCAAGUACCAGACUUGAUAGAUUCUACUUCCAAGGAUUCGUUGCUCAAUGGUGAUACAGCCAUGAGAGGGGGACACCAAGCCACACCAACUAGAAGAAAGAGGAAUGAUGCAGGCAUGGAUUCUGAUGCUUGUGCGACAGUUGCUAAUAACAAUGUAGACCUUUUUUCUGAUGCUCACGCAGCAGUUCGUAGCAAGGAUACUUGCGCGCCCAUUUCUGAUGGUGUUUCCUCUGUUCCACUUGACAGUAGAAGGAAUGAUCUUAUUGAAACGUGUGUCAAACAUUCUAAACGGCAAAGGUUACUCAGUGAUUUCUCGAAGCAGGAUCUUUGCCAUUCUGCUAAAGAGCUUGACCAGCAAAUUCAUGAUUCCUCUUUUUCUACGGAUAGAGGGGCACUUGAAGCGCAUGGUAGCAUUGGAUUUGCUGCAAAAUGUGACAAUGAUAAGCAGCAAAAGCUAUUUUCAUCCGAUAUUCAAACAGAUGCUGACCAUAACACAUGUGUCAUCUGCAAGCAUGGUGGAAAGCUCUUGUGCUGUGAUGGAAAAGGGUGCAAAAGAAGCUUCCAUCUGUUUUGUCUGGACCCUCCUCUGAAUGAUGUUCCACCUGGAGUUUGGUAUUGUAUUUGGUGUGUUAAGAAGAAGAUACAGUUAGGCGUGCAUUCUGUGUCAGGAGGGGUAGAAUCAAUCUGGGAUGCUAAAGAAGUGGUGUCAGACGAUGGAUUGCGAAGAGAGAAGCAGUAUUUUGUUAAAUACAAAGGUCUUGCUCAUGUUCACAAUAACUGGGUUCCAGAAGCCCAGCUACCUUCUGAAGCACUUCUGCUUCUUGCAAAAUUUAAUCGAAAAAAUCAGGUCACUAAGUGGAAGCAAGAGUGGACAGUGCCACAUCGUUUGCUGAAGAAAAGAUCCUUAAAGUUUCCCCAUCUCCUUGAGGGCAAUGAGGGCAAGCAUGUUGGUGAUUGCCAUUAUGAGUGGCUUGUGAAAUGGUGUGGUCUUGAUUAUGAGCAUGUUACAUGGGAGUUGGAAAAUGCUUCAUUUCUGGAAUCACCUGAGGCUGAAAGAUUAAUUAUAGAGUAUGAGGAUCGCUGUGAGAAGGCAAAGAGUGCUUCUGAUCCUUCUAGAACGGAUAAGGAAAGGAAGGGUUCAUCGAUCAAAUUGUCAAAGUUCUCGGGUGGAGGUCUUAGAGGAAUUGAUAAUAAUUAUUUAUCUGCUAUUAACAAGCUCCGUGACUAUUGGCACAAAGGCCAUAAUGGUGUUGUCUUUGAUGACCAGGAGCGGGUUAUGAAGGUGGUUUUAUUUAUUUCAUCCUUGCUACCAAAUGUUUCUCGGCCUUUUCUCAUCAUCUCAACAGCCACUGCUCUUACUGUAUGGGAGGCUGAGUUAUUGCGCUUGGCUCCAUCUGUUAAUGUUAUAGUUUACAGUGGAAACAAAGAUGUGCGGCGAAUUAUCAGGCAACUAGAAUUUUAUGAAGACGGGGGUUGUGUCAUGUUUCAAGUACUUUUAUCCACUCCAGAAGCUAUUGUUGAGGAUUUAGACACUUUAAAUUGCCUGGGAUGGGAAGCAGUCAUAGUUGAUGAGUGCCAGAAAUCCAGAGUUUCAACACAUUUUGAGCAACUUAAGAUGCUAGUCACUGAUUCAAGGCUUCUUCUUGUCAAUGGCCAGAUAAGGGAUACUUUAGCUGAGUAUGUUAAUAUGCUGUCCUUCCUUGGUGCAGACAAUGAUGUGGACAUAAAUUAUGAUUUAAAAACUGACUCCAGUGAAAAUAUUCGUACUUUGAGGGAGAGGCUUUCACAAUUUAUUGCAUAUGAAUGUAAGUCGGACUCUUCAAGGUUUGUGGAGUACUGGGUCCCUGUUGAGCUUUCAAAUAUUCAACUUGAGCAGUAUUGUUCUACUCUAUUUUCAAAUUCCAUAACACUUCGGUCAUGUUCGAAGAAUGAUCUUGUUGGGGCUCUUCAUGAUAUUCUUGCAUCUACCCGGAAGUGCUGUGAUCAUCCCUACGUUCUUGAUCAUUCUUUGCAAGCAUUACUAACCAAUGGCCUUAAGGAGAUUGAGAUCUUGGAUUUUGGAAUAAAGGCUAGUGGCAAGCUACAAUUUCUUGACAAUAUCCUUCCAGAGUUAAAAAAUCGAGGUUUAAGAGCAUUGAUCCUUUUUCAGUCGAUUGGUGGUGGAUCUUUAAAGGUUGGGGAUAUUUUGGAUGACUUUAUACGUCUAAGAUUUGGUCCAGAUUCUUAUGAACGUGUUGAUUGUGGCGGAGUUCUCCCAUCCAAAAAGCAAAGUGUUCUGAACAACUUCAACAACAAGAAGAGUGGGAGAUUUGUUUUUUUAUUAGAAACACGUGCUUGUCUUCCAAGUAUCAAACUUUCAUCAGUGGAUGUCAUUAUUGUAUUUGACAGUGAUUGGAAUCCAAUUAACGAUUUAAGGGCCCUGCAGCGGAUCACCAUUGACCCAGAAUUUGAACAGAUUAAAGUAUUCCGGUUAUUUUCACCUUGUACUGUAGAGGAAAAGGUCUUAAUUCUUUCUAAGCAAGAUAUAACUCUUGAUAGCAGUUUGCAUAACCUUAGCCGGAGUACUAGUCACAUGCUUCUCAUGUGGGGUGCCUCGGUUCUUUUCAACAAGCUGGAUGACUUCCAUAAAAGUAGUACUUCAUCAUUUGAUGCAAACAUAUCUUCUGAGCAAUCAAUUUUGAAAGAUUUAGUGCAGGAAUUCAUUUCUUUGCUGUGUCAAAAUGGUGUAAACAGUGAUACAAGCAACUCUAUUAUUCUUAAAGUACAACAGAAUGGAGGAACUUACAGUAGGAAUAUAUCUGUGCCUGGUGAGCUGGAAAUUCAAUUGAUAGAUGAGAAGCAACCUCAUGUAUUUUGGGCUAAGUUGUUGGAAGGCAGGCAUCCUCAGUGGAAAUAUUCAUCUUGGCCGUCUUUGAGGAAUCGAAAAAGAGUUCAAUACGGUGAAGAAAUACCCAAACAACCGGACGUUGGAAGUCAUGGUGCUGUGAAGAAGCGCAGGAAGCUAGAUAAAGGAAAAUUAGAUUCUGUGGAGAAGGAAGGAACUACUGGAAACUUGGUGAAAAAUGAAUCUCAAUCCUUGCCUAGACGAACAACUUCUGUGAGUGAUACACUCAAUGCCAGAGGUACAGAAACUUGCAAGAUGGUUGCUUCUGAGGGAAGGGGAAAUGUGCGUGAUGAAACUUGUGCAAUGGUUGACACUGAGGGAAGGGGAAAUGUGCGUGAUGUGCAAAAGAAUCUUCAUCUUCUUUUGAAGGCAGAGCUAUCAAAACUUUAUGAAAUUCUACAAUUUUCAGAGGAUGUCAAGGAUAAGGUUGGAAGGUUUCUUGAAUAUGUAAUAAGCAAUCAUCAUGUCAAUAGUGAACCAGUGAGCAUAUUGCAGGCUUUCCAGAUCUCUCUGUGCUGGGCUGCUGCUUCAAUGGUGAAGCAUAAAAUUGAUCGCAAAGAAUCGCUUGCAUUGGCAAGACAGCAUUUAAAUUUUGUCUGCAAGGAUGAGGAGGCUGAAUCCAUCUAUUCAAAGCUACGGUUUCUUAAAAGAUUGUUUCUAUGUCAUACAGAGCGUGUCAAGGAAUCUGAUUUUCUAAAAGAUUCCACAUUGUUGGCUAAAGAUGUUGCAAAAGACCUGCAUACAGUAUCUAGCACAUUAAAGCCAAAGGUAGAGACAGAAGAGAGAUUAUCAAGUGAAGGAUGCUAUGAUAAACAGGUCCAUUCCCAGCAGGAAUGGGCACCGGAUUCUAAAUUGUCAGAUAAAGCAAUAUUAAGUAUAAGACAUAUUCAGCAGAAAUAUCACAAGCGGAUGAGUAAACUCCUACAAAAGCAAAAGGAGGAAGUUAAGGAGUUCUACAAAAGUUGCCAGGAGAAGAAGGAAGAGCUGGAAAAUUCGUACAAAGUGGAGUUGGGUCUUAUUCGCUCUAUGUAUAGUCAUAUUCCAUUGAGAACUGACAAGAUAAAGAUUUUGGAUGGAGAAUUUCAAGUAAAAAUGGAAGAACACAGGCGUCAAAUGGCUCAAGGGCUUAAAGGUCUUGAGGCUGAACAGCAUGCUGCUAGGAAUGAAUUGAAGCAGAAAGAGGCACAUCGGUUGCAGGAAGUCAUGUCCUGUGCACAAAUUAAAUCAUUAGGUAAGUUGCCUUUGCAUAAAUCUAUUGAACAGUGCUAUGAUAGAAUUGUGGAUAGCAUGCCUAGGAUUGAUGUGGCACCAUCUGAAAUUUAUGGUUCUGAUCCUGGAAAAAUAGGGGCAUCUUGCAUCCAUAUUGAGAGGACAAUGCUUGAAAAUGCAAAGGAUAAAAAUGAUGAAAGUAAAAUUUUGGCCUCAAGAGAGGCAUCCGAUGCUGGAAUUGAGCUGCACAACAACAUAGGAAGUUCUAUUGAUCCUAGUAAUGUUGGCUUAGUGAAUCAGCCUUUUGAAGAGCAGAUUCAUGGUGGAGCUACAUCAAACAUAGCAGUUGAGACAGUUCCAUUGGAAGUUUCCAAGACUGCUACUAAUGAAGUGGUUGGGGAUGGUCAGCUUAUAAAUAAAGUGGUGCCUGCAAUGGGGUCAAGCAGGGAGAAUAAUGAAGCAGUUCCUGUGCCCUCAGAUAGAGCAGUUAAUCUUGCGUCCGAUGUUGGGAUUGAGUGGCACAACAGAUUAGGAAGUUCUGUUGAUCCUAUUAAUGUUGGUUCUGUGAAUCAACUUUUUGUUGAGCAUAUUGGUGACGGAGCUAUAUCAAACAUGGCAGUUGAGGCAGUUCCAGUGGAAGUUGCAGAGACUUCUGGUGAUGAAGUGGUUGGGGGUGGUCAGCUUAUAGAAAGAGUGACUCCUGUAAUGGAGAGGGAGAAUAAUGAAGCAGUUUCUCUGGCCUCUGAUAAAGCAAUUAUUUGUGCAACUGACCUGCAUGGAGCUGGUAGUUCCAUCAAUGGAGGCUUACUCUCUCCGGAGCCAUCACCAAUAAAUUCACAUGCCGUGGAGUCUUUGGCCCAAGGUGGUUCAUUGUCACCAAGUCAGGCACUUCAGAAUGAAGGUUCUUCAGAGUCCCCAUCCCAUGAAGUACCAAAUGGGGAUGCUACAGCUAGUGGGGAAAAAAAUACUUCAGGAGAAGUUGAUCCCUUGUUAAAUUCAAUUGAUGCUUUUCAAACUGAUCACUCUGAUAAUGAAAAAGUGGUCAAAGAUGCUGUGGUGCAACAGGAGCUGUCACCAUCUACAGAUAUACCUUCUGGUCAAAAUCAACCAGAUUUAGUUUUAUCUAAUGGAAUUGAACACCAAACUCAGGCUCCCCAAAAUGAAUGUUCUCAACGGUCUGCAUCUAUGGAAGUGCAAGAAGAAGAUGGAACAGCUAGAGGAAAGGAGCAUGUGCAUUCUGAUUGCUUCAAUCAUGAAACACCUAUUGAAGACUCUGUUGUGCAAGGGCAGCUGUUGAGUUCUGCAGAUUUAACUUCUGAUCAUAGUCGACCUCGUUCACCUUUGGCCAACCGAGUUGAAAAUCAGCCAAGCAGUGGAGGGCAAAUGGGUUUCCGGAGUGUUCAGGCUCCAACGGGGCCAAUUGAGAAUGCUCUUGAGAUUUUAAAUGAAGCUGUCUCACAAUCUGCAACGCAUUUGCCAUCAUCUCCAUCUAUUGGAACUGUAAACCAGCAAAGUAAUGGAGAGCAUACCUCUUCCCAAAAUGAUCAGGCUCCAAAUUUGCAGAUAGAGAACUGUGUUGAGCAACCAAAUGAAGCUGUUUUGCAGGCUGUAAGUCAGCAGACACUCCAUUCUCCAGUAAGUGCUCCUAUUGCUGGAUUUGAGGCGCUCAUUUCAGAUGCCAGAACUGCUUCCUCCAAUUUGGAGUUCAGUAAUCGUCCUGCACAAACUGCACCCUCAGUGGCAACCCGGGUGCCUUUACCUUUAUAUCCUGAUCCACUUCAAAAUGAAUUGGAAAGAAUACGAAAAGAAAUGGAACAAGCUAACAAGAUCCAUGAAGAUAUGAAGCUGCAGCUGAAAUCUGAUUGUGACACGGAGAUAGAGGAGAUUGUUGCUCAAAUCCGCAGCAAGUAUGAGAGUAAAAUUCAGGAUGUUGAAGCUGCAUUUCUGCAGAAAAAAAAGGAGCUGGAUACAAAUCACAACAAAGUUCUCAUGAAUAAAAUCUUGGCUGAGGCUUUCAGAUCUAAAUGCAUGGAUCUCAGGGCAUCAGGUGCACCGAGAAUGCAUCAAGCACCAACACCAAGUUUCAUGCAGCUCUUUCAGCCAUCAUCACAGACAUCUGCACCCAGAACUCCCUUUCUUCCAGGUCCAUCGGUUGGCUUUCCUGCUGUCAGCCUGCAGCCUACUGCGGUACCUGGACAGGUUCAUAACCCAGCACUUUUCUCGAGCAUUCCGACCAGACCACAUCAAAUUAGCUCCAUUACACCUCCAAAUGGAAGUUUCCGAGUUGGCAGUGAAAUUCGUGCCCCAGCCCCCCACCUCCAACCUUUCAGACCCUCCACAUCUGUGCCGGCACCCAACCUUUCUUCACUUCCACGCGGAAUGGUGAGUUCACAGGCAUCUAAUAACCCCUCAUCAACUUCUCUUUCGCUUCCACAGCUACCACAACUUCCGCCUCGACCGCCACAGCAACAGCCGCUGCCACCACUGCCGCCACUGCCACCACUGCCAUCGCUUGCUUAUCAAUCUGCUGUUUGUAAUGCUCUUGCGGUGAAUUUGCAAACAGAUACUGACAAUAGAACCGGUACAAAUGCGCCAGGCAUGUUGCCCCCCCUCCCAGAUUUGGGUUCCAAUUUCGACUCGUGGGACCUAUCUGAAUUUGGAGCACCAGGUGGCCUACGUCUUAACCCAACUCAUACAGGAGUGGAAACUGACGUUGUUUGCUUAUCAGAUGAUGAUUGACGUUUUGUGAAUUAUUCUAUGUAGCCUAACGAAUGCCAUUGAGUUGAGACUGGGGAGGGCUGCCGGGAUGGUUACAGAGGGGAAGGGAAUGAAUUCUCGACCAUUUUAUGAGUAUUUUGCUGCUGUAUAUGGAUCCAACGCCCUCUUGUAUUACAUAUCUGUUGUAUAUAUUCAUUUCUAUUUUAAUUAACCCCACCACCUUGUUGGAUUUGCCCCUAGGGUGAACUGAAAGACAUUUGAUAUUUGAGCCCCAGAAUGGUUGAAAAUGUUGCUCAGAAGAGGAAUAGAUGUC